AUAAUCGAUAAUUCAUCGUCGACACCGAGAACUGGUGGUCAAUUCCCGGGAUUACUAUAUGUUUAAUACGAUCCCGGAUCCCGGCUUUUCUGUAGGCGAUCCCGGGAUUUUCCGAUUUUCCCCCAUUAAUUAAUGAAUCAAGUGUGUCUACUUUCGUUUUCACUUGUGACGAGGAAUUUUCGACAACAUUGUUAUUUUGAAUGAAUAAUACAUGCGUUGAAGGAUUUUAUUUUAGAGACAAAUAUGUCAACACUAGAGCAAAUAAACCAAGCUGUAUCAAAAAUACCUUUGAAGAAAAUAGGUUCAUGCAUAGGAACACCAGAAACGUUUGAAAAUAUACCAUGGAAAAAAGUCGGAAUAGCAACAGCUGUGGCAGUACCAUCUGUAUAUUUAGGAGCCCCUUUGGUUAUAUCUACCUUGGGAUUUAAAGCAGGUGGAAUUGCUGCUGGCUCUGUAGCAGCCAAGUGGAUGUCCAUGGUAGCUGUAGCAAAUGGUGGAGGAAUACCAGCCACUAGUAUUGUUGCAGCAAUGCAAUCAGCUGGUGUUUUAGGAAUUUCUACUAAGACAGGCAUUAUUAUAGGGAGUGCUGUCAGUGGGGCAGUAUGUCUAGCACCAUCAACAGACAAUAUCCAUGUUGCAGAAGAUACAAGUAGCAAAACUGUUAUAGAGGAUUCAGAUAAUAAAUCAGUUGUUAAUGGAGGUACCUCAUCAGCCUUACUGUCAGCGUGCAACAUGACUAGUGAUGUAAUUACAAGGGCAGCAAGCAGUACAUAUUCAACAGUAAAGUCAGCAGGUCAUGCAACAUAUGGUUUGAUUGACAAAGGAAGUAGUGUUUUAUUGUUUCCAUUCACAAACCAGUCAGCUGAAACUAAAGAUGAUGCUAGUGGUAAAACAGUCACAGAAGGUGCAAGGUACCAGACUGUUGUUGAUGGAGCAAGUAGUACUGUAAAAGGGACAGCAUCCAGUAAGUGUCACUUUAUUUAAUAAAUUAUGACAGGG